AUGAGGGUCAAUGCCUCACAUUUCUUUCUCGCCUUUUACUUCCUUCUUCGCCCUCACUACGUCCGUGGUGACCGCGGCCAAACCCAACAAUGCGCCAUAGACCCAGACUCGAUCGUUACAGACGCAUGUACCUCGUAUUCAGACCUUGAGCGGCUGAAUGCCGAUCUCGCCCCUUCGUUAGACGAUCUGACGCAAAAGACGGAUUUCUUCGCCUACUACCGACUGAACCUCUACAACAAAGUGUGCCCCUUCUGGAACGAUGAGAGCUCCAUGUGUGGGAACCGCGCGUGCGCGGUCGAAACGAUCGAAGACGAGAGUGAUAUACCGUUGAUCUGGCGGGCUGAAGAGUUGAGCAAACUCGAGGGCGCCCGAGCGAAACACCCUGGCCUCGCCCAACAACGCGAACGACCGAAGGACCGACCGCUCCAGUACCAACUGGGCGCGAAUGUGGACGAGAGCUGCGUCCUGGAGGACGACGACGAGUGCGAUCAGAGAGACUACUGUGUGCCGGAGGACGAGGGUGCAGCCGCGAAGGGAGACUACGUCAGUCUGGUGAAUAACACGGAACGUUAUACCGGAUACUCGGGCCUGGGGGCCAAACAGGUGUGGGACGCCAUCUACAAGGAGAACUGCUUCACACCGCAGCCGGCGAGACAUGCCUCGCUGAAACCUAAGCCCCUCCAAGCGGCGGCCAGUUUGAAGAACGUUUUCCAAGAGUACGGACGGCAGCACGUGGACAACUCGGACGACCAGUACCCUCUGGACGACGAGUGUCUGGAACAACGGGCCUUUUACCGAAUAGUGAGCGGCAUGCACGCCUCCAUCUCUGCCCACAUCUGCUGGGAUUACUUCAACCAGACGACCGGCGAGUGGGUGCGCAACCUCGACUGCUACAAGGAACGCCUGCACCAGCACCCCGAGCGCGUCUCGAACCUGUACUUCAACUACGCCAUCCUCACACGCGCGAUCGCCAAGCUGCGAAGACACCUCGAGUCGUACACCUUCUGUUCCGGCGACACGGCGCAAGACUUCCAGACCAAGCAGAAAGUGCUGGAACUGGCGGACAGGGCGGCGGCGGGGCCGCACACCUUUGACGAGUCCGUCAUGUUUCAGGACCCGUCGGUCAUGGAUCUGAAGGACGACUUUCGCAGUCGGUUCCGCAACGUGUCAAGGCUGAUGGACUGCGUGGGCUGCGACAAGUGCCGGCUCUGGGGAAAAGUGCAGACGGCGGGAUACGGCGCCGCGCUCAAAGUGCUGUUCGAGUACGACGAGACCAAGAAUGGUGAAAACCCUCACCUGAGACGCACCGAGUUGGUCGCCCUCGUGAACACUUUAGGACGAGUCAGCCACAGCCUCGAUACGAUCCAGAAGUUCCGGCACGCGGUCAACACGGGCGACAUGAGCGUGCUGAAUAUGCAAGGGCCGAUCCCACUGUCGCAAAAGCUGUCCGGCGAUCACGAGCAACGGAGGCCCGUCGAUGCGAGCCCCGUGGCGGGGGUGGGCUUUGACGACGUGCCCGAGCCUGAGUCGGAUGACCAUGACCUCUGGGAAGAUCCCGACCCCGAGACGAAACCUCGCCCCCGAACCAUUGCGGACGAAUUUCGGGCGGAAUUCGACCUCGUGUGGCGGACUUAUAAAAUGGUGCUCCGCUCGUGGGUCGAGCUGCCGUUCAAAUUCUUCGCCAUCCUCGUCAUGGAGUUGCAGAGGCUGUGGAAUUAUUGGCUGGGGUUGCCCGUGCCGGCGAGGAGUUGGGAUUUUCAUUUCCCGAGUAGGGAUGAGUUGUGA